UGAUAGGGAUUUCAAAAUGGUGACUUAUGUGAAGGGCCUUUAUGCUCUUAAUGAUGCUUUUGCUGAUCCCGUAUCUACCGAGAUUGAGGCAAAAUUUGACUCUUGGAUUGGUGAAGGAUUGCUUAAACAUCCCAGGCAUUAUAAUUGUUAUGAAGACGGCGCAAAGAAAUUUACCCCGGGUUUUAGGCUAGGUGUUGAUUAUGUUGAGGAUAAAACUUGGUUUUACCAUUUGGCCACAUGCGACAUGUUUAUGAACGACUCGCAUAUGAACACCAUAUUCUAUUACCUUCGGAAAAAAGGUAAGUAUUCUUCCGCUGUGACGUUGAAUUUCGCAACCACUGAUUGUCUUUUUGAUGAUUCCAUCCAAGCAUUGUACCACAAAUUUAACAAGGCCAAGUCAAUGAAGACUAAGAUGUCACACAUUCACGCUGCCCACCCAAUUGCGCAUUACAUCCGAGGUAUGCGCAUUCCCUGUUCCAAGCCUUGGUAUGAAGCCGAUCACGUGCUUUUCAUCAUCAAUUUAAGAAGGGAAAGUCAUUGGGUUUUUGGGCGUCUUGACGUGAACGAAGGGACGUUGUUUCUGUACAAUUCUUUGAGAACCGCGAAGAUGAAUGCCGCAGCUAGGAAUGCGAUGAAGGCUUAUUCCGUGUUGCUGCCUUUGUUUUUCGAUUUACUUGGGUUCUAGAAGAAUAGAGCACAAGCUCCUGCCUCAGUUUCUGACCCUACAGCUCCAUUCAGAAUCGUGGAGCUUAGUGGUCUUGCGUCUCAGCAGAAGAAGUGAGUGUUUCUUUUAAGUUUCUUUUAUGUUGUUUUUUAGUUUCUAAUCUGUUUAUUUUUUCUCUAUGUUUUUUAACAGUGAUUGUGGAGCAUAUGUUGCUGCCUUUGCUGAAUUCUUUAUACACGGAAAGGAUGUCCCUGCAGACUUUGACAUCGAAGUUUAUCGAACCCGACUUGCUUCACUUUUCUACUCGUACGGACAAAGGAAAAUUUACGAAAGUAUUGACAGCGAGGAUGAGAAGCAAACCAAGUCUUCUAAGGCAUCUAAAUUGAAGAAAUAAGAUCUUUUAAUUUGGUGGCUCUAUUAUGUUAUUUGUUGAAUCUAUUUACUUGACAAGUUUUAGUGUUGUUGUUUCAAUGUAGGUAUUAUAUUUGAUUUUAUACUAUGUAGUUGGUUUAAAACUUUUAGGAUAUUUGACAUUCACUCCUUAUAAUAUCUUUAUUGUAUAGGUUUGUAUUUCCCAAAGUUGUGUGUUUUUUUAAUUGUUCAAGUUCUUAUAUACGGUCGCACAACUAUGGAGAAACUAUUAACCAACUAAAUACAAACUAUGUUUUCAUUUUUCCUAAAUAGUGCUAUGUAGGGGUGGGCAUCAUCCAAUCCAAUCCAAUUGAGCCGAACCGAUCCAAUCCAAUCCAAUUACAAAAAGUUGGAUAUCCAAUUACAAUUGGAUUGGAUUGGAUGCUAAAAGUUGGAUUCUAAUUGGAUUGGAUCGGUUAUUGGAUGUCAAUCUCAAAAUCCAAUUAAAAACCGAUCCAAUCCAAUUACAUUUAUAUAUAUUAAAAAGUUAUUUAUAUAAUAAAAUAUAUUGAAAAAUGUAAUAAAUAUUUAUUAUAUUUUUA